AGUUAUUAAGGCAUAAAAAUGAAGUUGGGCCCUGUGUCCUUGGGACACUGAAAAUGUGGUUAUUUGUAGACUUUAUUCUUUCCAGUUAAUGACUAUAAACUUACAAAGAAUUUCUAUAGACUGCUGUGUAGUAGAAUCGAUGACAUAAAAAUACAAGGCCUAACAAUUAAUAUAGGUUGGGAUGAAUGUUGGCAAAGGGACCAUAGGUUAGGGAAAAAAAUAACCAAAUAAAACGCAUCAGAUAAAGUUUGUCCACAGUUGGUUACACAUCACUGAGGAGGUUUCCAGUGGCUACUGAGGACACAGCUACCCAGUUCAGAAACUUGUGCCUCCAGGACCAUAAAUAUUCUUGCUCUUCCCAUCUUAAGAGUAUUGGUAAAGGACACACGUGGGCCAUCUGUACCUGUGGCGGUACAUGCAGGUGCUGGACAAAGAGCAUUGCAGUGGGUAUCUGUUCAUCUAGUCGAUGUACUUAACCUUUGCGCAGCAACACUUUAAUUUUCCUUUAGGGAUCAUCCUCAGCUCAGUCCAUGUGGGUUGUAUAUACGGAAACUGGUUUACCACGGCUUGACAUAGUCGUCGUUCUUGUUUUGUUUGUUUGUUUUCAGACACAGGUAAAGGACCCCUGCCCGGCAGGGUACUUUCCAUCUUGUGGUUCCAAUGGCUACUUCAGAGGUAAGCCCGGGAUCCCAGUGGUCCAGUGCACCUCAGCCUGCUCACGUGUUGAAGACAACAGCUGUUAAGGAUGGUGGAAGUACAUCUGGAGUCACAAUUCUCAUUCCUGCUUAGAAAAAAUAGAACCAGUACCAUAAAAGCACAGGCAAGAUGUGAAGAAAAACUGUGUCUUAGAGUCACCCUUGAAACAGCUGAAGGAAAUUGUUUAAAAAAGGAAAUUUGAAAAGAUCUCUUUUUUUUUCUGACUAGGUCACUUAUUAGUCUUUAUAAACAUAUGAGUCAAUAAAUUCCACUCUGUAUGUAGUUAAGUCACUGUGAAUUAAGUCCUUGCUAUUAUGUCCGACUAGUCUGACUAUUUUCUGGUGGUAUUCUCUUUACUCCCGCUGCAUGCUAGCCUCCUUCAAUGCCGUUUACAAAACAUGGAGCUUAGGUCCUCUCCUUCUGGUAACAAAAACUGCAUCCACCUCUUGCCAACAGUAUUUGCACACACACUACAGUGUCCCGAAGGAAGAACUGAGUUGAUUGAGGUCAGGGCUAUAUGGCACAAGCUCCUUUGAAUUAGAAAAUGUCUCUCACUUCUUCAGAGUCCUUCGCUGGGACUGAUGCUUUGGAGCCCAUGUUGUAUCAUAACCCCUAAUUACCUCAUAGUUAUUGCCCACCUCGGAGUGGUCUCACAGGAGUGAGAAUCAAGAGGCGGGAGAGCAGCUUUCUAUGAAUGGUCCCGCAUGCUGGUCUGCUGUGUGGUCAGGGCUAAUGCUGAUGUCCUGAGUGUUCAGGGCCUUCCACUGAGCCUCUCGCCACAAAUGUUGACGAUGGUUAGGAAAUCAGUUUCAUCUCUCACGUGGACGCCACAUAUCAAAAGCACCGUUAUUGAAAUUUGAAGAUGAAAUCUUUCCUUUAAAGGAAAGGCUAGUUGAUCAUGAAAGCCAGUGGUUCUGCCUUUGCAGUUGGAGGCCACCUGGUAAGUGGCUGUGGAAAGAACAGAGCACAAGUGAAGGCAUGUUUGCCACUGUACUGCAAGACUCCUUCCUUCAGCGGUCCAGGUCCAAGCCGGUCUUCAGUUUGAAGCGCUCUAGGUUGAGACGCUCAUCAUAAUGUUGGAGAUGAAGAAGCAGCAUCAGGAAGACUGUACACUCAGUGGAGGAAAAUAGUCCCACAGAGCCAUGAUUUUUAAUUGGCAAACGUGACCCAGAGAUGGAGUGUUUGGUCAAGACUUUAACAGAGUGUUGGCAGCUCAAGCAAAUGCGGGGUUCCCUAGGCGGCCAAGUAGAGGCUAGGCGCCCUCCAUGUAGGCUCUGAACACUUACUCCCUUAAAUUACUCUUGCCCAGGAGCAUAGAGGGAGGUGGUCUGGGGUCCUGGAGCAGGAGGAGUCUGAGCUUAGGUUGCUGUGGCCUCCCGGGAUCCCGUCUGUGCUGCCCCCUCCCCCUUUCCUUGCCUCCUCCCCACUCCUCUCUGCUCCCUUACCUCGCGGCCUAACCAGCAGCGGGCGCCUUUAAGAGCAAGCGCUGAGUACCCGGGGGCGGGAGCCGUCGGCAGCCGGCAAGGCGGAGGCACUGCCGGGCGAUGCCCCGACUCUCCGCCGCCGCCUCGGCCUCCUCCUGCGCCAGGGGCUCGGAGCCGCGGAGCUGCGCUGCGAUGUCCGCAAAGUUCCAGGAGGCAGCGGCCGGUAUCUCUCUGCGCUCCCGCCGCGGCGCCUUUUGUGCGAGGCAAAAGGAUUCCUGCAGAAGAUGGAACUCUGUCCGUUUUCCAGAAUGUGUAUCCGAGCCCAUCAGUGGAACCUGACCCUACAGUGCUGUACCCCAAUGCCUGGAGAGAACCUAUACUUCUGCCUGAAGCUUCUGUCCUCCUAACACUAUGGUUGUCUCAGCGGUGUUGACUGCAUCCCAGGCUGGGACAUCCAACACAACAUUUGUCGUCUAUGAAAACUCCCAUGUGAACAUGACAACAUCCCCACCGUUCCAGCAUCCCAGCCCUGCUCCGCUGAUUAGAUACAGUCUGGAAACCAUGACCAGCACUGGAUUUAGUUCCUUAGCAGUGAACAGCACAGCCAUGACCCCGACACCAGCAGUUUUUAAGAGCCUAAACUUAGCUCUCCAGAUCAUCCUUUCGGCUAUAAUGAUAUUUAUUCUGUUUGUGUCUUUUCUUGGCAACUUGGUUGUUUGCCUCAUGGUCUACCAAAAAGCUGCCAUGCGUUCUGCCAUUAACAUCCUUCUUGCCAGCCUGGCUUUUGCGGACAUGCUGCUUGCUGUACUGAACAUGCCGUUUGCCCUGGUAACUAUUCUUACCACCAGAUGGAUAUUUGGGAAAUUCUUCUGCCGGCUGUCUGCUAUGUUUUUCUGGUUGUUUGUGAUAGAGGGGGUUGCUAUCCUGCUCAUUAUUAGCAUUGACAGGUUUCUGAUUAUAGUCCAGAGGCAAGAUAAGCUAAAUCCAUACCGGGCUAAGGUUCUUAUUGCAGUCUCCUGGGCAACUGCUUUUUCCGUAGCUUUCCCUUUGGCUGUGGGGAAUCCUGAUUUGCAAAUCCCUUCCCGAGCCCCACAAUGCGUUUUUGGGUACACAACUAAUUCUGGAUACCAGGCUUAUGUGAUUUUGAUCUCACUCAUUUCUUUCUUUAUACCUUUCCUGGUGAUACUGUAUUCGUUUAUGGGCAUCCUCAACACCCUUCGGCACAAUGCCUUGAGGAUUCACAGCUACCCAGAAGGAAUAUGCCUCAGCCAGGCCAGCAAACUUGGUCUCAUGAGUCUGCAGAGACCCUUCCAGAUGAGCAUUGACAUGGGCUUUAAAACGCGUGCCUUCACCACCAUCUUGAUCCUCUUUGCUGUUUUCAUCGUCUGCUGGGCCCCAUUCACCACGUACAGCCUUGUGGCAACCUUCAGCAAACACUUCUACUAUCAGCACAACUUCUUUGAGAUUAGCACCUGGCUACUCUGGCUCUGCUACCUCAAGUCUGCAUUGAACCCCUUGAUAUACUACUGGAGGAUUAAGAAAUUUCAUGAUGCCUGCUUGGACAUGAUGCCCAAAUCUUUCAAGUUCUUGCCACGCCUCCCUGGUCACACAAGGCGACGGAUACGCCCCAGUGCUGUCUAUGUGUGUGCGGAGCAUCGGACGGUGUUGUGAAUACUGGAACUUGGAGACAUUUGGAGUCGUUAUGGUUCUCUAUUGACUGAAUUUUUUUUCAUAUGGCUUCUAAACUUCUAUUGUUUUUUUUCUAUAGUGUGCGUG